UGUAUCCAUCAUCCGUCCAUCCAUCCAUCAUCCAUCCAUCCAUCAUCCAUCCAUGCAUCCAUCCAUCCUUCUUCUUCCGUUCAUCCGGGACCAGUGCCAGCCGUCUAAGCAAAAAUGCCCAGACUUCCCUCCCACUUCCUCCUCUGGGGGGUCCCUGAGACGUUCCCAGGCCAGCCCAGAGACGUAGUCUCUCCAGCGUGUCCUGGGUCUUCCCCGGGGCCUUCGUCUAGUGGGACAUGUUUGGAGGCAUCCGGCCUAGAUGCCCGAGCCGCCUGAAAUGACUCCUUUCGAUGUGGAGAAGAAUCUCUUUCCAGGUGACAGAGCCCCUCCCCCUAUCUCUAAGGGAGCGCCCAGCCACCCUGCGGAGGAAGCUCAUUUCAGCCGCUUGUAUUCAGGACAUCGUUCUUUGGGUCAUGACCCAGAGCUCAUGACCACAGUGGAAGAGAUCAAGAACAAGUUCAAGAACCUGCGCACCACCUUCCAACGUCAGCACAAGCUGGUGCGAGCCAGCAGGCAGGGCGGCGUGGACGAGGCGUUUGUGCCUCAGUGGAAGCACUACCAGCAGCUGCUGUUCCUGCAGGGCUGCUGGGACCAGGACGCCGCCGCAGACCAGCCAGAGGACGGCCUUCUCACCUCAGGACUCGUCGUCUCCUACCUCCCCACCUCCUCUGCCUUCACCUCCUCCGGCAUCCCCUCCAACAUCAUGGUGAAGUGUUUCUGGACUGAGGAGCGGGAACGCACGCUCAUAUUAUUCUACUCAGAGCACAGCUGUCUGUGGAACAAGAAGACUGAAAACCACAACAACCGUCAGCUCAGACAGCAGCUGCUGGAGUCGCUGAGGAACACGCUGUCCGACUGCUCCGUGUCUUUCUCCGUCGAAGACAUAAAGUGCAAAUUCAAGAACCUGCGGACGGUUUUUAACCGCGAAUACAAAGCAGUCCAGGCCAGCAAGUCCUCUGACAAGCACUAUGUGUCCAAAUGGAAACACUACCAGCAGCUCCUCUUCCUCUGCGAGUCCUGCGAGGAAGACGAUCCUCCUGAUGACGUGCAGGUACUGAUGGCGCGAGAAAGCAAAGCCGCGGAACCGGGGCAGCGAACCCCGACCUCCGGCCUGAAGCCCAACAACGACUGCGUGCUCUCCAGCGGCGCCCGGGACAGCAGCCCGGAGCUUUUCCUCGCCGCAGAAGAGGUCAAAGCGUCCCCGCAGGCCGCCUCCCCGUCCAGCUGUCAGUCAGACCGAAACGCUCCGGCCGACCCCCGCUGUCUGUGGAGCGAGGCCAAAACUCAGCAACUCAUUUCCUUCUACUCUGAACACAGCUGCUUGUGGAACCACAAGUCUGCAAACUACAAGAACCGUCUGCUGAGACAGAGCCUGCUGGAGACGCUGAGCCGCCUCCUGUCGGAAGACCAGCCGGUGGCCUUCACAGUAGAAGACAUAAAGACGAAGUUCAGGAACUUACGGACCGUCUUCCAGCGCGAGCACAAGGUGGUGAGCUCCAACAAGACGUGCGGGUCGGAGGACUUCUACCUGCCCAAGUGGAAGCACUACCACCAGCUGAUGUUCCUCUGCGAGUCCUGCGACGAGGAGGAGCCGCCCGGAGACCUCCACGCCCUGGAAGCGCCGCAGUCCCGCCUCCUGCACCUCCACGGCCACGGCCCCGCGCCGCCCCCCUCCCCACAGUACCACGCUGACACUGGCCUCCAAGCCCCGCCCUCACCCACCCCUCCAGACUCCCGGCUGUCCUCCCCCUCCUCCUCCUCUUCCCUGUCCUUGUCUUCGUCAUACGCAGACAGCAGGCUGUCGGCGAGAAAGCGAGCGCGCCGGCCGGAGUCGGGCGGCGCCAGCGAGCUCCUGGACCUGAUGAGGACGGUGUGUCAGAACCAGACGACGUCACCGCAUGCCGGCUUCCUGAAGUACGUGGAGGAGUGUCUGAACGAGACGCCGCCGGAAAAGGUCAAGAAGCUGAAGAAGAAGAUUGUUGACUUGAUCCACAGCGUGGUGGAGGACGGGUAGUGUCGGCCUCAGGCUCCUCACAGCUAACGCCAUGACCAAAGGUUCUCCAGGAGGACCUGGGGGCGGGGCAACAGGGAUCAAACCCGGAACGCUCUGGACCCUGUGGGAGCGACAGACUGCAGAACCUUUGUGGGCCCCCUUGUUGUUUUGGUCAGACGUUCACGCAUGAAUACUUGGACCAACGUCUCUGACCUGAUGGUCGGCAGAGCGUCACGCAGCGGCAGCGUCCGGAUGGCGCCGGAGCCUCAGCUGUCCGUGAGGAAUGAUGGAUCCUAGUUGAAAUCCAUCUCAGUGCCUUCUGUCACAGAAACGGUGGCCCAAAAACUGUAAGGUUCUUUCCAUGUGCAGGAUUCUGAAGGAACUUUCUAAAUACCCAGUUAUCAUUUUCAUUUAUGUUUUUUAUGUUCAGUUUGUAGAAAGUUUAUCCAUGUCAGGCUUGAUUUACUGUGAUUAAUGAAGAAGUGACUUUGGUUCGCUAAAUGAAUUUCCCUGCAGUGGAAUAAUAACAGACUCUUCAUCUGUAA